GACACGCAAUUCAUGCGUGGCCCCACUGGGCUAGCGUGAAUCGUCAUCAUCGGGGAUAACAGGCAGAUUGGUUGCUGGUUGGAAAUUGGAAGCCUGAAUCUUGAUGAGUAGAGAGUGCCAGAGCUCUGUACAGAUUUUUGACGAUUUUUGCGGGUUGGGGACUUCGGUGGCCUGGAAGAACAGCUGAGAGAGAUAGAGAGAGAGAGCGGACAUGGCAGCGUCGGCAGCUUCAGAAUCCUAUCCAAGCGUUUCUCGACUCUCCGAUUCCAUGUGCUACACCCAAUAUUCUGCCUCUCUAAAAUGCCUGGAAGAAUUUAGAGAAGACAAGAACAAAUGUCAAGAACAUUUUGAUGUUUACAAAGAAUGCAAGAAGAAAGAGAGGGAAGCACGCCUGGAGCGAAACAAGAAAAGAUCUUUCUUCUCAUGAAACUCCAUGGGAGGAUCGGAGAAAAAGUAAUAUAAGAGAGGAUAAGGAUGUCUUCAGAUCCUCAUAUCCCCUUGAAUACAGAAAGCUAUGUUAAAGUUACACUGGGAACUAUUUUGUUUGUUGAUCAUGUAACAUGGGGGCUCAAAGAUCCUAAUCAUAGAUCAGCUUUGGGUUCAACCAAAGAGAAGCAAAUAUAUGUGGUCAUUGUAUUCAGAUGACUUUACUGUGUAGUUGUAAUACUUGAGACUUUGGUAUCAACUGAGAUGGUUUCAGGAUU